AUGUGGCCAGAAACUCCUGUCAGGGUUCGGGCAGUGAAGGAUCUGAUCCCUCCCAAACCUCCAAUUUCAGAGCUUACAGCAGAGAAGGUGGAGCAGAAUUUUCACUAUGAAGUAAGCAAUGUGGUGGCCAGUGUUUUGGACCAGUAUGAGGAAUUGUUUGGAACCAGAGGUGAGGAAUCAGAAUAUUGCACCAAGGAGCAAAUGAAGGUUCAACUGAUGGCAGCGCUUAAUGUUUCUGGGAGAUACUUUACCUUCAAGGAGCAGAUGAAGGACUCAGUGGUGAGGCUUGUGCGUGACCGGAUGCAGCGGACUGAACCAAUCACUGACCAUCAGGAACUGCAGGUUUUCCUCACUGAGCUCUAUGUCUACCUCGUGGAUGAGAUGCACAAAGCUCUUAACAAGAUUUCAGUAAAUGACUGUGAGGACUCCCCAUUUAUGUUCCAGUUGAAUUCUUCUCAGCUCAUGCAUUUUGCCAGGGAGGCUCAGAUUAAUGGUGACUAUCAGAAGGCUGCUCACUACUACCAAGAGCCUGAUGAUGUGUGGGAUCCUGGAGACGAUCUUUGAGCAUCCUGAAGAGGCACAGACCUUUUUAGAGGGAGCCGCCAUUGUAGAAACACGCAACGUUGUGCCCUGGACAUUGCUAGGUUUGCUCCACAAGAGCCAGAAUGACUCCAUCCAGGCUGGGAGUGCUUUUAUGGCGGCCAGCAAGUUGGAGAGGGCAGCACACACAAAGAUGUACAGACAGAGAGCAGAGUUGAGGAAAGA